UGUGUGGCUUCAACCACAUCCGUGCUUGCAGUUUAUCUGAAAACUGUUGUGCUUUUCAAAUGAAAGUCUGCAGCUUCACAUCCGGUGCUGCUGUCGGUCUCCAGCUGGUCUGACGCAGCUCGGAGGAGUCACAGCUCCGCUCCAGCUGUUCUCACCGCUGCUUUACCCCGCUGCCUCUGCUCCACUGCUGCCUACCUUCGUUUCAAAUGUCACGGCGACCAUGACAGGCAUCGCGGCUGUUUCCUUCUUCUCCAACGCUUGCAGGUUCGCCGGCUGCGGGCUUCACUUUGACUCCCUGACCGAGCUCAUCGUGCACAUCGAGGAUAACCACAUCGAAACAGACCCCUGUUUUUUGGAGAAGCAGGAACAGCAGCAGCCGACAUAUAUUGCUCUCAGCUACAUCAAUAGGUUCAUGACAGACGCUGCGAGGCGAGAACACGAGGCCUUGAAGAAAAAGGUGCAGCCUAAGCUCUCUCUGACGGCCGCGUUGUCACGCACCAACGUCUCCACGCCACCCCGUCACACCAGUGGAAACCUCACCCCUCCGGUCACCCCCCCGAUCACCCCUUCCUCUUCCUUCCGCAGCAGUACACCGACAGGUAGCGAGUGUGACGACGAGGAUGUAGAGUUUGAGGCGUCUGACAGUGACGAGUCGUGGACCACGGAGAGCGCCAUCAGCUCCGAGUCUAUCCUGAGCUCUAUGUGCAUGAACGGAGGAGAUGAGAAGCCUUUCGCCUGCCCUGUUCCCGGCUGUAAGAAAAGAUACAAGAAUGUGAACGGCAUCAAGUAUCAUGCCAAGAACGGACACCGGACCCAGAUCAGGGUGCGCAAACCUUUUAAGUGCCGCUGUGGGAAGAGCUACAAGACGUCUCAGGGUCUCCGGCACCACACCAUCAACUUUCAUCCACCCAUCUCCACCGACAGCUUCCGCAAGAAGCAGCAGUAGAGGUGGAGUCAAUGACCAGCACUUUCCCUCAGGCCAUAUAAACAUCCAUCACCAGCAGCACCGCUCGCUGCCUCCAGUUUCAUUUCACUUUGCUAGAACACUAGACUAUGUUUUAUUUGCACAGUCAUAUAUGUAUAAUUCAACCUUAAUCCCCAUGCAAAUUGUCUUAUUUAUGUCGUUCACAUUUUGUAUUUUUGCACAUUUCAGAUAUUUGUUUUGUUUUUUUAUUCCACUUUUGUUCCCUUGACUUAUGGUGCUUAUUGUUGAUAAUGUAGACUUGAGAAGCAGCCAGGAGAUGAUUAGUUUUACAAAUGCAUCUGUCCUUUACAUACCGAAUACGUGGACAGGUUAAUGUGUUUUCUGUUGAAAGGAAACGCUCUGUCGUAGCCUUUGAGCUUGAAAUGGGAACGAUGCAAAUUAAGAAACUGAAUGUAGCCUGACUGGGAAUAACGAGUCGCUUUGUCUUAAACACAGUUACUUUUCCCAUUCGUAGGACGUGCAUAACAUCUCUUUUGUGGGAACACCAAAGGAUAAUCUCAGGUGAUUUUUCUGCAAGCAUUUCAGCUCCACCUUUGCCUGAUCGUUUCAAAUGAGUCCAUGCUGCUCGGUGGGAUCACGAGAACAUUUUCAGUAGCAGUUCUUUGUGUCUUGGAUAACUUUCUUUAAGACUAAGCAGCUGACCUUCCUAAUUCCACAGUAAGGUAUUGAAGCACUUUAAAAAGACAACAAAAAAAAUAGUAAACAAUCCAAUUCUUCAGGCCUCAGUAUUGUGACAUUUCUGAAUGUGUAGCAGUUGCCUUGAAUCGUAUCCCAUUCCAAAAAACACCCCAACAGUACGUCUAUGAAUGUCUUUAGUUUGAGAGUCACCGAGCAGUUUAGCUUCAUUCCCCAACCAUUUCUGUUUAGUUUUCACUGCCUGAGUUACAAGUAAUAGGAAGAAACAAUGAAAUGGCUCCAUGGCUGUGCAUUCAGCUCCUAUUUUGUGCCAUAAUAAGAAUGAAGUAUUGAGAAAAAUCUGCCAAAGUACCAACAAUCGCAAUCGGCUGCAGAAGGAAAAGGAAUUAAAUAGACAAUAAUGUUGUAUACCUUUAGGAUUGUAAUGGUUUAUUUUACCAGAUCUCUUCUUUUUUAAUGUUUCUUUUUUUGUGAGAGCACAAUGACGCAAAAACUGACAUCAUUCUGUGACUAUUAAAAACCUGGGCCUGCAAAAUUAUUUUCUCAAACACGCAGGUCGAGUCCAUGUCUCUCAGCAAGUUGCAACUCAACCGCAUAAAUCUGGCCGGGUAUUUGAUCGCCGUUCUUGCAGGUUUUGUUGAGUUCAUUUAACUUUGUCGGUUUCCAGGCAUGAAGUCGAAGCUACAGUCGAGUCGAGGUCGAAGGCCAAGAAGCUUAACGUUAGCUUACUUCUCCGUUACAUUUUUUUCCCCACCGACAGUUCUUGGGUAUUCGCCUAUUAAAUGCCUGAAGAAUUUGCUUCUCUUUAACAUUUUCGUUGGUACGCAACUAGAUAAACUGGAGCAUUACUGUUUUAUUGAUUAGCUGCAAGAAAAUCCCUAAAGAUUAGCGUCAAAUGUUGUGUGAAGAACAUUGUGUAAUUUCUUGCGCUAAAUGCUCCUUUGAAAUUAUAUGGUUUUUAAAAAGGAAAACAAAUCUCUACAAAUAACCAGACACAAGGUCUGAAAGACAAGAAUAACCGAAGCAGUUGCUUUGAGCCGUUUAGAAAGAGUAAAAGAAAAAUGAAUCUCAUUAGAAGAAAAUUAUAAGUAAAUGAGGGGUCGACGUUCGUUUAGUGUAGCAUAACUUUGCCUUCUGAGUGAACCUACGAACCCUCCGACACUGGCUUUUGAGCUGCGCUCUUCUAACAAAGCUCAGAAGGUCUCCUUCCUUUACGUCUUUCAUUUCCAGGACAGUUUAUCACUGCAGCGCUCUCCUUCCUAAAUGAGCUCGGGCUCAAAGGAGCUGCCGUUUCUGUAAAGUGUUUUGUGUUUUCCUCGGGGGUUUUUUUAGGUGAAAGUAUUUGUGCUGCUGAACUGUCCGCCGACAGUCAUCCUACGUGUUCGUCCAACCAUGCUGUCAUUUCUAAACAUUUCUAUUUUCGUACGGGACAGAGUGUGAAUGCGUCGCCAUUCGGUUUGUGCUGCGCAUCCGAGCCUUCUUGGUGCCACUGGAUUCAAAUCUGCACAUCCUGAAUAAGAGCGAGACAGAUCUGUAAGAUAUGAAAGAACUGCGGCUGUGCUGUACCGUCAGUAUAUAAAUGGUAUACAGUGAAUGUCAUCACCCUUUAAAGUGUUACAUUUAUUUUUGUGUUUUUGUAAAGCAAACAAACAAGAAAAAGCAAAUGUACUGUAUUUCUGCUGCUUCAUGAAAACUUGGUAAAUUUUACAAUAAAAGAGUUCACCCGUUCCUCCGACUCCUGCUCAUUCAUUCAUUUAUCAGACGGUGCAAUUUCAAAGUAAUUUUAUUAGUUUAUUUAGAUACAUGAAACUCACUAAACUGAUGAAACAUCUUAAUGAAUGAAAUAACUUAAUAGCUUAAAAGAGAAAGAAGGAAAAUGAACAAAAGCUGAGCAUGCACUGAUUAGCUGUUGAUAUGAAUAUAUGAGACAAUCAGAAUAACAAAAAAAAAAAAAAAAAAAAAAAA